AUGAUCGUCUCGGUGCUCAACUCGUCCGACGACACCUUCUGGCUGCCGUUCUAUUCGCUCAACGACGAAAUCUACGAAGCGCCGUUCUACGUGCUCCUCGGCCUCGUGCAAUUGUCCGUCUACUGCUCGACCGCCUACACAAUCGUCCGCACGUGCUCCAUCUUCCUGAGCAUCCGAUUGUUUCACGAGAACAUGAACAUCCUGAUGGCCUGGUUCUUGUGUCAGUGGUUCGAGGCCAUCUUCGCCAAACUCAUCAUCAUUCCCUAUCAGGCGGGAAUCAUCAAAAUCGGCGAGGAUCCGAAGCGGUCCUACUACUCGUGGUGGUCCGAGAAUCCCGCCGAUAUUGUCGUCGUGCGAAGCCGCACCGAAAUUCUGCCGCUCUACGUCGCAUGUCUAUUCAUGUGGCACUACAUCUAUUCGGUCAUUUUCGCGCUUCUUGUCGUCGGAUGCGAGCGUAUCUUUGCCACUUUUUAUAUCCAGUGAGUCAUUUCGGUUUUUCACCUGCAAACGUCGUCAAAAAUAGAUUGCUCCCGGUGAGGCUCGAACUCACGACCUUCAGAUUAUGAGACUGACGCGCUGCCUACUGCGCUACGGAAGCACGCUCGGACCCGGCCGCAGAGAGCGUUUAUAAGACCGCCUAUCGCGUUACUUAACUGACAAAAAAAUUGCGAUAAAAUAGGAUUGCAGAGAUUACGAAAAAGUGCGUCGACGUCACAUCCCCAUCGGUCUGAUCGUGCUCGUCAACCUCGUCACCGUUCCCUACGCCUACCAGAUUUGCAAUAAUCGCAUUCCGUUUCUGGUGGCCUACGUGCAAUGUUUCGUGAACGCCGCCGCCAUCUUUUUCGGCUAUCUAAUAAUUUGGCGCGUGAACGUCGUGCUCCGCAAUCGGAUGGAUCGACGCAACAAUCUCGACGAGUACUGUCUGGCCAGGAAGUUUCAGGUCGAGGAGAACAUUCGCAGUUUUGAGGUGUGUGUGCCUCGAUCCAUUCAACAACCGAAUCGCCCUUUUCAGCUGGCCAAAAGAGUGGUCUAUGUUGCCGUGAUCUUUUUAUCGUUAGCACUGGUCGUAUUGAGUUUACUGGUUUUUGGUCUGGUUCAGGGAAAUGAUCCGAUUUUUGUCUACAUGCUUGAUAACGCGGUUUUAUCGUAAGUUUCUGUUGGAAAGUGGGUCACGGGGUCAGUAGGGCAAACUAGAAGUAGGUCACGUUGGAAAUUAAACUUUUUGCUCUUUCAGCGCCGCCCUGGUCAUAUCCAUAACUCUUAUGUGCUGCUCGCCGGCCUGGAAGGACCGUUUCCUAAGCGGUCUGCCCGUUCUCCGACACUACCGUAGUCCCAAAGUAUCCCACUUUAAUUUUGCGCCCCGAAAAGCGGCUAGCACCGAAUCGGAAGUCUAUUUUGCUCAACUGAAAAAUGCAUGGGUCUAAUUAGAGUUUGUAAACGCGAAAUGUAUGUAAUAAAACUAUAAAGAUGCUCACAAGACACUCAGCGAACAGUAGUCAUGACCGUGUAGUGGAACAUGUUGUUCUACAAUAUUCGCAUCACUGAUUAUUCAAAAAGUGAAUGUCACGAAGAGGCACAUGAACAAACUCUUGCACCUUACAUUUUUACUGACAAUGUUCAUUAAUGAAGGUCACUUUUUGCAAGAUCAUCAAGAGCAUAGUAAAGUGACAUUCUUGAAGAACCAGAGCUGGGCAACCUGAACUUUUGAACCACUUUCAAUGAUCUGAUCGGACUCAAACUUUGCAGGAUUGUUGGGCUUGGAUUAAGGGCCAUUGGGACCAAGUUUCAGCCUGAUCGGAUCGUCCGGUCCCGAGAUAUGUGGAUCAUUGGCUUCCGGGCAGAUAUCUCGGGACCAGAUGAUCCGAUCGGGCUGAAACUUGGUCCCAAUGGCCCUCAAGUCUACAAACUUCGGGUCCGAUCGGAAUAUUGGAUCAAUUGGCCAGCCCUGUGAAGAACCGAGUCUUAAAAAGUGUGAUCCCAGACCACAAGAGUCGGCCGGUCAUGCGUGGUACCUCAAAGAACACGAGUAGACUAUUUCACUUUCCACCUGUUUCAGACUCAACCUGCACCAAGCACUGGCGUCGGUUGAGACUGGCCGGCGUGUAAUUGACUUACUAUUAAAAUGCGUACGACCAGCUCAAACAGCACACAUUUUGCGACUAAUUAAUUCAACUUGACACGACCAAAUGCGAUUUGUUUUCCUCUUUUUUUUCUCUCUCUCUCUCUCUCGUAGAGAUAACCAUGUUUUCGCACGUCGUCACUCUCAUAUUGUUGCUUCAGUCAUUUCCAUAUGAUUCUGCUCGUGAACGGCACCGCCGACACUAUCUGGUUGCCGGUGUACACGUUGAAUUCCGACCGUCAAAUGCUUUACUACGCUGUCGGAUUUCUCGAAAUGUUCUCCUAUUUUGUGACCGCUUUUCUCGUGCUCAAAACCUCGACGAUAGUCUUCAAAUCGGGCAUUUUUCAUGAAAAUAUGAAUUUAAUGACUGUCAGCCUCGUCGUUCAGUGGUUUGAGGCGUUUUUCGCCAAACUCCUGGUAAUGCCGUUUCAAAUCGGCCUUUUCACGAUUGGAGGUCCAAUUUCUACGCGUUUUUUGUUCAAAACUCGUCUAUUUCAGACCCGAACACAAUUUACAUUUGUUGGUGGACAUCUGACAAAUCGAAUAUGAUAUUAAUCCCAAAUUUUCUAGCCGGCCUGCCUUUAUUCCUGCCCGGCAUGUUAAUUUGGCACUACAUCUACUCAAUGUUCGUCGGAAUUGCGUGUAUGAGCGUUGAAAGAGUGUGUGCCACGUAUUACAUCAGGUAAGCAGUCUGCAAAAAGCGAGCAAAAACAGAUUGCUCCCGGUGAGGCUCGAACUCACGACCUUCAGAUUAUGAGACUGACGCGCUGCCUACUGCGCUACGGAAGCGUCCGGCGGAGCGAGAGCCAGAGGGCGUAGACAAGCGCGCUGCGAUCGGGUUCGCGCAGAAUGUUCAAACAAUUUUUGUUCUACAGAGACUAUGAGAAGACACCGCGAAAGCACAUUGGAAUCGGGCUCCUGCUCAUGGUGCAUUGUAUCAGUUUUCCAUUCUCCUAUUUGAUGAUCAAUAAUCGUGUUCACUUUGUGAUCGCCGACUUGUUAUGCAUCGUCUGUGCAAUGAUAGUGGCCAUGGUAAAAAAAAAAGUAUUGUUUUUUUGAAAGCUACUUGUCAAGGUCUACGGAAUCCUAUGGUACAUCAACGAAAAGCUGAACAAAAAGUUCUCGGUGCCCGGCAGAUAUCAUCUAGCUCAACAGUUUCAAGUCAAAGAGAACAUCCGUCACAUUUUGGUAGACACUAUUGGCCGAUGCACCAUACGUAACCGUUUGCAGCUGGCGCGCAAUAUCGUGUGUGUCGCCACGUUGUUCGUGGCGAUUGCCUGUUCCGUGCUCAUGUGCAUCGUGCUCGACGCGUUCCCGUAUUGGCUCAAAAACCCGUUGGCACAUUGUGUCGAGAAUUUCAUCUUUUUGUGAGUCGAGCUGUGUGCCGAGCAAUGUGGCAAUUGUUUCAGAAAUCCUCUUCUCAUAUGCAGCGUGAUGGUGUUCAGUGUGCCGGCGUGGAGAAAAGAGCUGAUCGGAUGGAUGCCGACGGUCGCAAAAUUGCAUCAGAACGGUCUACGGCCCGCCGACGAGACAGAAGCCUACUUUAAACAGUUUCGGAGCGCUUGGGUUUGA